AAUGAUAAUUGGAGCAAUUAAAGUAAAGGAUGGUCUAUUCAUUGGAGAUGAAUUAGCCUCAAAAGUAUAAUUAAGUUAAAUCUAAUAAGGAUCUUGAAUUCAUCAUUUAAAAUAAAGUGACUAGAAUUGUUAAUUGUGCAGCUAAGUAACUAUUAUGCGUUUUUGAAAACUAUGGGGUUUCUUAUUUGAAAUUUAAUUGGCUUGAGAAUGAUUAAGUACAUUUUAAAUAUCAUGAACAAGCAAAUACUAUUUCCAAAUGAUACUGUUAAUGAAAUAUAUUAAUUUAUAGAGUAAGCACAUAAGAAUGGAGAAUCAGUCCUGAUUCAUUCUGUAAGAGGAUAAUCUCGUUCCUGUUGCGCACUUGCUGCUUAUUUUAUGAGAAAAUAUAAGUGGAAAUUAUAUAAGACUUUAGAAUUUCUCAACUCUAGAAGACCAGAUCUUGAAAUAAGAGCAAGUUUCUAUCAUUAGUUAACUUAAUUGGAAUCGAAGUUAAAUAAGAAGGGAGAAGGAGGAUUAUCAAGUUCAUGGUUACCUCAUGAAGAAUAGGAUCUACCAUUAGAGGAAGAUGAAAAACUUCUUAGGAACACAUACAUAAAUGCAAAAUCAAGUCCAGCUGAUUCUUGUUGGUUGGAUAAAAGAUUAUUCAAUUAAUAUUUAAAUGAAAACAGAGUAAGAACAAUUAGUUGGGCAGAUGAAAUUUUAACUAAAAAAUCAUAAAAAAAAAUAAAAUAAACUAAUACUAAUACUAAUACUAAGCAAGCUGUUAAAUUAAAUAGUCAAAAUAAUAUCAGUGGAAACAUCUAUCAUGUUACAGUUAACAACUAUGUAACUUUAAAAGAGGAACUAGAAAAAUGUAAUUCAAUUUCAAGAGAAAAUCAUUAACUUGUUAAACCAAUUAUUGGUACAAUCAAAAGAUAAUAGAAUGAUAGUCUAAAAAAACAUUAGGAACAAAAAUUAAAAUAAUAAGGAAAAUCUUAAUCCUUAAAAUAAUAAAAAAGAGAUCCUAUUGAUAGACCUAAAUCUGCUUAUGCGUAAAAAGUUUCUCUAUUUUAGGUAGUCUGAAAUUCAACCUCCAAUAACUAUUCCAAAACCAUCAUCCUUUCCUUAUCGUCAAUUUUCGCCUAUUGUGAAAGGUAGUUUUAUUUUUAGUUUAUAUUUUAGGGAACAAUAUACCUAAAGCUACCUAAUUAAUACCAACAAGUAAAAACAAAGGGUGGAGAUAUCCAUCCCCUGGUUAAAUGAAAAACGAUGAAACUUUCAUGCAAUCCCUCAUUAAUAAUAAACCUGUAUGGAAAUGAAAUAAAUUUUUAC